GGCGGUCGCACGCAGGCGUGCCAAAUGGGCUGUCAGAUGCAAUUUCGGAGUAACAAGUGGAUUUGAUGUUUAUAGGUUUUCUCAUCCUUCGCGCUUGGAAAACACUCGUGCUCACCGUGCUGGACAUAGACCAUGGACUCAGAUACAAGCCGCGUGUCGAGCAGACCCUCAUCUCCAGAGGUGGACGACAUCUUCCUGGCCACCCUGAAGAAAUCGGUGCACAGCUAUUCCAGCGCCGUGACCUCCACACAGUGCGACCAUCUGUCAGAGCUCCACGGCCUGCGCACCCUCACCGCGGAAGACGAGGAGUCCCUCGCCCUCCGGCUGGCCAAGAAGGACCACAAGCUGCUGUCUGAGAACGAGCUGCAGACCAUCCGCCUCAAGAUCAACAGCCGCGAGAGGAAAAGGAUGCACGACCUCAACGUGGCCAUGGAUGGGCUCAGGGAGGUCAUGCCCUACGCCCACGGGCCGUCGGUGCGGAAGCUCUCCAAAAUCGCCACCCUGCUGCUAGCGAGAAACUACAUCCUGAUGCUGAGCAACUCGCUGGAGGAGAUGAAGCGUCUGGUGAGCGAGAUCUACGGUAGCGGGGCGCACCACGGCGGCUUCCACCCGGCGGCCUGCGGGACUAUGACGCACGCAGGGCCCGUGCCGGGACACCCGGUGGUUUCCCACGCCUCGCACCCGGCGGUGCACCACCCGCUCCUGCCGCCGGCCGUCUCCACCGCUUCCCUGUCCGCGCCCGGCAUAUCCGCCGUCACCUCAGUCAGAUCCCACCAUGGACUCCUCAAAGCGCCCGGAGCCGGCGCGGGCCCGCUGGGCAGCAGUUUCCACCACUGGGGCGUUGGCACCGGGAUGCCCUGCCCGUGCAGCAUGUGCCAAGUCCCGCCUCCGCAUGUGACCAGCAUGAGCGCCGUCCCCAUGCCGAGGCUGACCAGCGACUCCAAGUGACUUCAGACUUAAAAGUGGAGACGAACUUGUUUUGGGGUUGUUACUGACUCUCUCCUCCCCACAUUAUUACUCUUUUUUUAUUUAUCUCUGUCGCUGAAUCCGAUGCGUCGACGGAGCCAGUAAAGAAUCCAUCGGGUUUUCCUCACUGGGACUUUGGGGUUUUGCAACUAACUUAGCGUUUUAUGGUCAUUAACCUCAAUUGUAACAGGUGUGUCUUCAGAGCCCCUUUAUUACUGGACAUCUUUGACGGCCCGGGCAUGUGUGUGUGUCUCUGCAGUUAUUUAAAGAUCAAAUUGAUUUUUUUCUUCUGUGGGCCUGGGGGUGGGGGGUCACAAAUCCAACCACAAAUAUAGAGUGUAAAUAUGUAGAUGGAUUAUUCAUAUAUUAGAGUCUUGUUACUGUGCAGGAAGACUCUCCAGCCCCUCAUAUGUUGCACCGGCUUUAUUUUAUCCGUCUUAUUCAACGCUUUUCUCUUUAUUCUCUCCCUGUCAUUCUCUGUCCCGACGCGAACAAUGACCACUUGUUUAUUUUUUUAUUAAAAAAAAAAAGAAAAAUAUGAAAAUUAUAUUUAUUUACUUGUUUUGGACGGAAAUUUCAAAUGAAUCUCUGAUCGUAUUGAGUUUUUGAAAUGUAAAAUAAAGAUGAUUAAUUGAAAAGUGAAAAA